CGCCGUGGUCCUCACCUCUCACAGCAUGGAGGAGUGUGAGGCUCUGUGCGGCCGUCUUGCCAUCAUGGUGAAAGGUCAGUUCCGAUGCCUGGGCUCUCUGCAGCACAUUAAGAACAG